AUGAUGCUGAUUCCGAAUCCACUUUCGAGGCGUGGUUCAAACGUUGGGAGGAUAUGUUCCAGACGGAUUUCAGCCGUCAAGAUGAUUCAUGGAAAGUGCGCCUUUUGCUCCGCAAGCUCGGAACUAAUGAACAUACAAGAUUCCUUGACCACAUAUUGCCCAAAGAGCCGAAGGACAUCACUUUCAACGAAGCAGUGGCAACACUCAAAGAAAUUUUUGGUGAGUCGACAUCAUUGUUUAGCAUUCGCUAUCAAU